CACCGCUCCCGUUCGUUUUCAUCCAUAGCCAAAUCCACCGUCGGCGCGGACUGCAUCCUCACAAGCCCCCACCUCCGCGAAGGCCACCGCACCGGCCGCCAGGCCUCAAGCACGCGCCUGCCCGGCGCACGUCAAAACCCACCGCCCCCGAACCAAACGCGCACCCUCGCGUGGGUGCUGGCCGAGGAGGCCACCAUGAAGCCGCGGGCGCUCCUGGAGCGUCUCGUCCGACCCUUCUCUUCCUCGCGCCGCGACCGGGCCGCCUCAGAGUGCGCGCGGCGGGAGGAGGAGGCGGACCUGGAGGCGAUCGCGGCGCGGGAGCAGCGCGCGUUCCGGUACGAGACCCUGUCCGCGGCGACGAGCGGGUUCGCGGAGAAGAACCAGCUCGGGCAGGGCGGGUUCGGUCCCGUGUACCGCGGCCGGCUGGAGGACGGGCGGGAGGUGGCCGUGAAGCGGCUCGGCGCCGGGUCGCGGCAGGGCACGCGGGAGUUCCGGAACGAGGCCACGCUGCUGUCCCGCGUGCAGCACCGGAACGUGGUCAACCUGAUCGGGUACUGCGCGCGCGGCGCCGACGACAAGCUCCUCGUCUACGAAUACGUCUCCAACGAGAGCCUCGACAAGAUCCUCUUCUCCUUCUCCCCCGGCAACCCCCGCAGCAGCAGCGACGAAGGCCGGUCACGGCGCGCGGAGCUGACAUGGCCGCGGCGGCACGAGGUGGUGGUGGGCGUGGCGCGCGGCCUGCUGUACCUCCACGAGGACGCGCACACGCCCAUCAUCCACCGCGACAUCAAGGCCAGCAACAUCCUCCUGGACGAACGGUGGGUCCCCAAGAUCGCAGACUUCGGCAUGGCCCGGCUCUUCCCUGAGGCCGGCGACGGUUACUCCCGCGUCCACACCCGCGUCGCCGGAACCAACGGCUACAUGGCGCCGGAGUACCUAAUGCACGGCGACCUCUCCACCAAGGCCGAUGUGUUCAGCUACGGCGUCGUCGUCCUCGAGAUUGUCUCCGGGUCCAAGAACUCCGCCUUUGUCCCGCCCCUCGAUUCCGAGGCCGACAAUCUUCUCGAAUAUGCGUGGAGGCUGUACAGGAAGGGUCGGAGCCAGGAGCUGCUUGACCCCACCGUGAAAUCGUCGGCGGUGCCGGAGCAGGUGGAGCUGUGCGUUCGCAUCGGGCUGCUGUGCGUGCAAGCCGACCCGCGGCUGCGGCCGGACAUGAAGCGCGUUAUGAUCAUCUUGUCCAAGAAGCAGAGCACGCUCGAGGAGCCGACGCGGCCAGGGGUGCCCGGGUCGCGGUACCGGCGGAGGUCCCACGGUCUGCGUGGUUCGCACUACUCCGCCGGGUCUUCGUCCGGCACCAGCUCGCCGUCGACGUCCGCGACGUCGCACGCGUCGGCGUCGGCGUCGGCGUCGGCGUCGAACGCGAUGACAACUUCGAGCACACACACCAUGAUGAGCCAGGGCUUGCCCUCGCACCGAGAAGAGCAGGAGUAGCAGCAGCGCGAGCUCAACUGUACAUUCGUCAAUUCGUUUGCCGUCUCGUUUUCCGUCUGCUGUUUGUGCUAAGAUUGUAGAUCUAUACUAGCGGAUCUAAAAAAUCUCAGUCAUCCAUCCACCUAGAUCAUACAUCCAAAAAUGCUUUAAUG